GGUUCCAAUUUUUAACAUCGUCGUUCGGCACUUGUUUCCGUCCGGGACAAUUUCGACGUGACCACCCGACAAGGAAGCGACCGGUGACUCGAACGGUGUCAGAGCCGCCAUGCUCCCAACCCAACUCACAUGCCGGGGUACGCUGAGCGCCUUCGGGAGGUUCCGCCGCCGUCCCGCCUGCUGCUCCGGACUCCAAACGCUCCUCAAAGAGGAAGAGCCACGGACCGCAACUUUCCGUCCCGGCGUCCGCAGAAGCCUCUCGCCGUCCGUCGUCCGCGGAAGGAGAAGGUUCAGCGUGUCCGCCGCGGCGAUCGUGAACGCGGCCCCGGGGCCCGUGCGGCCGUAUCUCCGUUUAAUGAGGCUGGACAAACCAAUAGGCACGUGGCUGCUGUACCUCCCGUGCAGCUGGAGCAUCGCCCUGGCCGCCGAGCCCGGUUGCCUUCCCGACUUGGGGAUGCUGGCCCUGUUCGGCGCCGGCGCCGUGCUGAUGCGCGGCGCCGGCUGCACCGUCAACGACAUGUGGGACAAAGAGUUGGACAAGAAGGUGGGUCGGACAGCCACGCGGCCCAUCGCGUGCGGCGCCGUUUCCCGUCCGCAGGCUCUGGUGUUCCUGGGAGGGCAGCUGUCCCUCGCUCUGGGCGUCCUCCUCUGUCUCAACUAUUACAGCAUCGCUCUGGGCGCCGCCUCCUUGUCGCUGGUGGUGACGUAUCCGCUGAUGAAGAGGAUCACCCACUGGCCCCAGCUGGUGCUGGGUCUGACCUUCAACUGGGGGGCGCUGCUGGGCUGGGCCGCCGUCAGGGGCGCCUGCGAUUGGUCCGUGUGCCUCCCCCUCUACUUCUCCGGAGUCAUGUGGACGCUCGUCUACGACACCAUCUACGCACAUCAGGACAAGGAAGACGACAUCAAAGCGGGCAUCCGCUCGACGGCGCUGCGUUUGGGCGAGCGGACCAAACCUUGGCUGUGCGGCUUCGGGGCGGCCAUGACGGCGGGCCUGGCAGCGGCGGGGCUCCAGGCCGGCCAGAGCGGCCCGUACUACGCCGCCCUCGCCGCCGUCACCCUUCACCUGGCGCGCCAGAUUUCCACUCUGGACGUGGACGAGCCGGAGGACUGCUGGAAGAAGUUUGUGUCCAACAGGAAUCUUGGACUCUUGCUACUUUUAGGAAUCGUCGCUGGGAACCUGUGGAAAGGAAGACGAGAAGCAGGCCCGCAAAGAAUCCUGUCCAAUUGAAGAUUGUUUGUUUUUAUCUGCCAUUGCUGUGCCACAGGAAAGGAGCGAGCGCGACAUAAAAGGUGUGGAAGAAA